CCGACCAGGAGGAAGCCACUGCUUACGGAAAAUGUAACAAAAAUAUCAUUUCGGUUUCGGAUAUCCCAGAUAUUCCUUUCAAGUCUCUUCCCUCCUAAACAACUCGCUGGCUUUGUGUCUCCGGCGUAUGUGCGGUUACGGUGCCCAUUGUAGUGCUGGUUGUUGGCAUUAUCCACGGUGUCAAAAUUAGAGCACCCGAUCGAGGAGCAUUAUGUGUCAAAAAGGAAAAAAAAACACACACACACGGCCAGCCACUCCAGUCAAGGUGCGCAAGUAAGUAGUUUGGUUUCAUCGCGCAGCUAUUAUUUGUUCGCCACAACACAUAAGCCGGCCCUGUUAAGCGAGACAUAAACAAACGAUGCCAAACACCAAAUAGGCCCAACCGGAAGGGCUGUUGUUUGGCACAGUCUUCGGGGUGAGAAAUCUGCUCAUUCAAGCGAUGCGCCCGCUCCGUCUGUCCCGAAGCGAGGCACACUCGGUGUGAAAAUGUGCACAGAAAAAGAUGUGUGAAAACGGAUCAUUAGCGCAGCAGGCGGUGAAAUAAAUGCGGUAGGCACGGUUUUCGCAAACCGCCCGACAGCCGACAGGAAAAAAGGUGUUGUUAUUCUGGCACGGUACAGCUUGUUCGGUUCGGUUGAGUGUGUUAAGUGUUUAAUAAUUCGAGGUGUAUGUUAUAAAUUACGCCAGGAAAUCGGUUGAAGUGAUUGAUUCUAGAUAUCGAUUGCUGCCAGUCGGAGAGAAAACCGGGGGGAAAACGGUGGUUGCCAAGCUACCAAACACCAGACGGAUAGAUCCACUCUUGGAGGCUUUUUCUCAAAAUCUGUGCCACAACAUGGCCGCUUGGAGAGCUGCUGGAUUGAAUUACAUCAACUACUCCAACAUUGCCGCCCGAAUGGUGCGAAAAGCGUUGAAGCCAGCAUUGCGGGCAGAUGCCGCUCGACGGGAAGAAUCGCACAUCAAAAUGACCAAGUGGAAGGAUGGAAAGUCGGAGAAGUCGGCUACGGAGGCGUAGGGAGGAGCUAUCGUGGGGAUAGAUAAACAUGCUUGUUAAAUAAAUUUGAGAAAAUAUUUGAGUUA